AUGAUCCUCAAAUUUUUCCUAUUCUCCUUGCUUUUCCUUAACUCAGCUCUUGCUUUCCGAACCCAAUCAGCCGGUGUAAAAGGCAGACUUGUUUGUGGUGACAAACCAGUUGUUGGUGCACAUUUGAAAUUAUUCGAUGAAGAUAAUGGUCCCGAUCCAGAUGAUAUGUUGGACCAACAUAUUUUGGAAGAAGAAGAGAAUGGAUUGUUUCAAUUGUCUGGAUCUUCAAGAGAAUUGACUCCAAUUGAUCCUGAACUUCGAAUUUAUCAUGAUUGUAAUGAUCAUGGCUCGGUGAGAUUUAGGAGGCUUUGGGGGAUUCUAGAAUCCUGGGAACUUCUAGAGAACAUUCUAACAAAUUUUGGGAAGGGGAUUCAUUUUUUUCAGGAGCCUUUUUAUGUUAAAUCUUGGGAUCCUUCAAAACUCUAGGAAUUUUUAAUUGUACUUUUUGAAAAAUUUCAGUUUAGAUCUUUGAACAUCCAAGUUCCUGGAUAUUCAAAAAAAAUUCAAUAAUAAUUUUACAGCCCUGCCAACGCGAAUGGGUCAUCCGGAUACCAAACAAAUAUAUCACGUCUGGUGAACAAGCCGAAAAAUACAUGGAUAUCGGAACUCUCAAUCUGGAAAUUGAACUUGACAGUGAAUCCAGAAGCUGUAUUCAUUAAUAAAUUUUAUUGAUUUUUUUUUUUGAUAAUCUGAAAUAUUUUUUUUUCGAAAAGAGUCCAAAUACUCUUAUAUAUCUGAAAUUUGAAGGGAGAACUAAACAAAAUUUUUUUUAGCAAAAAUGAGAAUUUUGGUGUUUUUGGCGGUGUUUUUGAUGGAAGUGACUUCGAUCGAAAUUCCUGAACAACACACUGGAGUUCAGUAUUAUAGAGUAAGUUAUUAGAACUUUUGGGAACCUUUUUUUAAAAUAUAUUUACAUUUUCCAGGUGAAAGGAGUUUUGUUGUGCGGAGACAAGCCAGAGAAAAACGUGAUUGUGAAAUUGGUGGAUGAUGAUUUCGGGCCGGAUCCAGAUGAUGAUUUGGCAAAAGGUUAUACAAAUGAGAAUGGAGAAUUUGAAUUGAUUGGAUUCACUACUGAACUUACUACUAUUGAUCCACAUUUGAAGAUUUAUCAUGAUUGUAAUGAUGGAAUUUUGGUGAGGAAUUUUUCUCGUGUUUCUCCUUAAAAGAUUUUUUUUUGAAAAUUUGAUUUUCAGCCUUGCCAACGCCGCUGGAAAUUCGAACUUCCAAAUAAAUAUAUCUAUGCGAAAAAUGAGACGCCAAAAACUUUGGACAUUGGAACCUGGAAUUUGGAAAGUCUAUUAAGCGGUGAAAGUCGAGAUUGUCUUCAUUGA